AUGGCGCCCAGUGCAAUUACACCAGAGCCCAAGGCGGAGCCCGUGGCUGGGCCCAAUGUCCUCAAGCUCAUCAAGAACGAUGAUGCCCAGACCAUUGACCUCUUUCUGCGCCAGUUCCGCUGUCUGAUUGCCGAUCUGUGCCAGCAAUUCAAUGGUGGUCAUCCAGGCGGCGCCAUGGGAAUGGCCGCCAUUGGCCUCGCCCUGUGGAAGUACGUCAUGAAGUACUCGCCCAGCAACCCCGACUACUUCAACCGCGACCGCUUCGUCCUCUCCAACGGCCACACCUGUCUCUUCCAGUACACCUUUCUGCACCUCACCGGAUACAAGCAGAUGACUUUCGACCAGCUGAAGUCGUAUCACUCUGCCCGCUACGACUCGUUCGCCCCGGGCCACCCCGAGAUCGAGCACGAGGGUAUCGAGGUUACGACCGGACCUCUUGGUCAGGGCAUUGCCAAUGCUGUUGGUCUUGCUAUGGCUACUAAGCACCUCGCUGCGACUUACAACAAGCCCGGCCACGAGCUUGUUAACAACACUACUUUCUGCAUGAUUGGUGAUGCUUGUCUGCAGGAGGGCGUCUCCCUCGAGGCCAUCCAGCUGGCCGGCCACUGGAAGCUCAACAACCUGGUCGUCAUGUACGACAACAACCAGAUCACCUGCGACGGCAGCGUCGACCUCUGCAACACCGAGGACGUCAACGCAAAGAUGCGCGCCUGCGGUUGGGACGUCAUCGAGAUCGAGGACGGCUGCUACGACGUCGAGGGCAUCGUCAAGGCCCUCCUCAAGGCCAAGUCCAGCACCGACAAGCCCACCUUCAUCAACGUGCACACCGUCAUUGGUGUCGGCAGCAAGGUCGCCGGCGACGCCAAGGCCCACGGCGCCGCCUUUUCUCCCGACGGUGUCAAGGCCGUCAAGGAGCACUUUGGCAUGAACCCUGAGGAGCACUUUGUCGUGACCGACGAGAUCUACAACUUCUUCCGCGACGUCAAGACCCGCGGUGAGCGCCUGGAGGAGGACUGGAAGGCUUUGGUUGCCUCCUACGCUAAGGAGUACCCUGAGCUUCACGAGGAGUUUAUCAAGCGAGUCGAGGGCCGCUUCACUGAGGACUGGCGAAGCAUCAUCCCCGCCAAGGAGAGCUUCCCUACCGCCCCUACUGCCUCGCGAAAGUCUGCCGGCAUCAUCUGCAACCCCCUUGCUGCUAAGCUCAAGAACUUUAUGGUCGGCACGGCUGAUCUGUCGCCCUCUGUCAACAUGAUCUGGAAGGACAAGGUUGAUUUCCAACACCCUGAUCUCAAGACCACCUGUGGCAUCACUGGCAACUAUGGCGGCCGAUACAUCCACUGGGGUAUCCGUGAACAUGCCAUGGCUUCCAUCUCCAACGGUCUCGCCGCCUAUAGCAAGGGCACCAUCCUCCCCAUCACCUCCAGCUUCUUCAUGUUCUACAUUUACGCCGCCCCUGGUGUCCGUAUGGGUGCCCUUCAGAACCUCCAGGCCAUCCACAUCGCUACUCACGACUCCAUCGGAACCGGAGAAGAUGGUCCUACCCACCAGCCCAUCGCCCUCCCCUCUCUCUACCGCUCCAUGCCCAACCUCCUCUACAUCCGCCCUUGCGAUACCGAAGAGACGGCCGGCGCCUUCAUCUCAGCCCUCGAGGCCAAGGACACCCCCUCCAUCAUCUCCCUCUCCCGACAGAACCUCGAGCAGUACCCUCAGUACUCUAGCCGUGACGGUGCUCAGAAGGGGGCGUAUGUUUUUAUCGAGGAGGAGGAUGCCGAUGUUACUCUCAUUGGUGUCGGUGCCGAGAUGUGCUUCGCCGUCAAGACCCGAGAGGUUCUCAAGGAAAAGUUCGGCAUCAAGGCCCGCAUCGUGUCGUUCCCUUGCCAGCGUAUCUUCAACAAGCAAUCUCUCGAGUACAAGCGCGACGUCCUCCGCUACCGAUCCAACGCCCCCCGCGUCGUCAUCGAGGCCUACGCCGUCAACGGCUGGGAGCGAUACGCCGACGCCGGCUUCUCCAUGGCCACCUUCGGCAAGAGUCUCCCUGGCAAGGACGCCUACAAGUACUUUGGCUUCGACGAGAACGUCAUCGCGCCCGAGGUGGCCAAGCUGGUCGACGAGGUCAAGAAGGAGGGCAUCGAGAGCCUCCGCGGCGAGUUUAGAGACUUGAACCCGGUCAAGCACGAGCACUAG